AUGAUAGGAAGAGCCGACAUCGAAGGAUCAAAAAGCGACGUCGCUAUGAACGCUUGGCCGCCACAAGCCAGUUAUCCCUGUGGUAACUUUUCUGACACCUCCUGCUUAAAACCCAAAAAGUCAGAAGGAUCUGUGUGUGGUCUCUCUCCCGGUGUGUUAGCUGAUCCAGAGUGUGAGGAGGGUGCGCAGGGAGAGCAGCAAGCCCAGACCCCCAUCACCACCAGCCCCUCUGCCUCCAGCACCACCUCCUUCAUGAGCUCCUCUCUGGAGGACACGACCACAGCCACUACACCUGUUACUGACACAGAGACUGUCCCUCCCUCAGAGUCCCCUGGGGUCAUGCCCCUUAGCCUGCUCAGGCAGAUGUUCUCCAGCUACCCGACCAGCACUGUGCUGCCGACGCGUCGUGCCCAGACGCCCCCGGUGUCUUCUCUCCCCACGUCUCCCUCUGAUGAGGUGGGCCGGAGACAGAGCCUCUCCUCCCCUGAGACACAGACCUCCAGACCAGCCAACAGGACAGGGACAUCCCUGUCGGACCCCAGCAGCAGACUGUCCACCUCCCCUCCCCCCCCGGCCAUCGCUGUGCCCCUCCUGGAGAUGGGCUUCUCUCUGAGGCAGAUCACCAAGGCUCUGGAGACUACAGGGACAGGUACUCGUGGCGAGGCUGACGCCCAGAACAUCACGGUACUGGCUAUGUGGAUGAUAGAACACCCCGGAACAGAGGAGGACGAGGACGAGAGCCGAGGACGAGGGUCAGACAGCUCCUCGUGCCCGGGGGCCACAGCCUCGGGAGGGGGUAAGAGUCUGGAGAGGAGCUACCUACAGUCCCCUGGAGAUAUGCCCAACGCGGACGCUGCAGACAUGGAGGAGGGCUUCAGUGAGAGUCCAGAGGGUUUGGACCAGGACAGUGCCUCUGCCUCCGCUGGUCCAACACCCAGAGGUCGCUCUGCUGGCAGCAGGAAACACCGCUUUGACCUGGCUGCUAGGACGCUGCUGGCCCGCGCUGCUGGUCUGUACCGCUCGGUGCAGGCCCAUCGCAGCCAGUCUCGUAGAGAGGGCAGUGCCCUACAGCAGGACCCUGGACCUCUGUAUGACUUUAACCUGGACGAGGAUCUGGAGCUGGACGAGGAGACCAUGGAGGCCAUGUUCGGUCAGGACCUGGCCAGCGACACUGACAUCCUGGGCAUGUGGAUCCCAGAGGUACUGGACUGGCCAACAUGGCAUGUGUGUGAGACAGAGGAACGAGACGAGGUGGUAGUAUGUGAGUUGUGUGAGGCGAGCGUUGCCAACUUCAACCAGCACAUGAAGAAGAGCCACCCUGGCUGCGGGCGCAGUGCCAACCGACAGGGUUACCGGAGCAACGGGUCCUACGUAGACGGAUGGUUCGGGGGGGAGUGCGGCAGCGGUAACCCGUACUACCUCCUCUGUGGUAGCUGCCGGGACAAACACCUGGCGGUUAAGAGUAAAACCACAGUCCCCGUGCCGGAGAGAUAUAAGGGACUGGCCCCGGACCUCUUGGGGAAGCAGGACUGUGUCUAUGAAGAGGAAUGGGACAUGCUGGAUGUUGAUGAGGAUGAGAGGUUAACUGGGGAGGAGGAGUUUGAGCUGCUGGCGGGACCGUUGGGUCUGAGUGAGCGCCGGGUCGUCCCGGAGGCCGUCCAGUUCCCCGACAGUGACCCCCUGGGGGCGUCCGUAGCCAUGGUGACCGCCACCAACAGCAUGGAGGAGACUCUGCUGCAGAUAGGCUGCCAGGGCGCAGUGGAGAACAGCUCCUCAGCCAGGGGGACUCUGGGUGAACAGGCCGCAGCGCUGGACAACCCCCAUGACAGGGUCAUGGCUCUGAGGAGAGUGACCUCAGCAGCGCAGGUUCUCCUGGCCAGGACCAUGGUGAUGAGAGCCCUGUCUCUACUCUCUGUCAGUGGUUCUAGCUGCAGCCUGGCAGCAGGGUUGGAGUCUCUUGGUCUGACAGACAUCAGGACCCUAGUCAGACUGAUGUGUCUGGCUGCAGCAGGGCGAGCCGGCCUCUCCACCAGCCCUACGGCUGGAUCAGGGGCCUCAGAGCGGCCCCGCGGGGCCACCAAGGCCAGUAAGCCUAUCUCCUGUCUGGCCUAUCUCAGUACGGCUGUGGGUUGUCUGGCCUCCAACAGCCCCAACGCUGCCAAGCUGCUGGUCCAGCUCUGCACACAGAACCUGAUCUCGGCGGCAACGGGGAUGAACCUGACGACGGUAGACGACCCCGUCCAGAGGAAGUUCCUCCCCAGCUUCCUGAGGGGCGUGGCCGAGGAGAACAAGCUUGUGACGUCACCCAAUUUCGUGGUCACCCAGGCCCUCGUGGCCCUACUCGCUGAUAAAGGGGCCCGGCUGAGACCCAACUAUGACAAGACUGACGUGGAGAAGAGAGGACCGCUGGAGCUGGCCAACGCGCUGGCUGCUUGCUGCCUGUCUUCCCGUCUGUCCUCGGGACACCGGCAGUGGGCCGCUCAGCAGCUGGUCCGCACGCUGGCCGCUCACGACAGAGACAACCAGAGCCGGCCUCAAACCUUCGCCGACAUGGCGGGUGACCUGCGCAAGUGCUCUUCUGUGAAGUUGGAGGCUCACCAGAGCAGGGUGAUCACGUGUGGUUGGUGCAGUAGGAAAGGCCUGCUGGCCACCAGCGGUAACGAUGGAACAGUCCGGGUGUGGAGCGUUACUCAGAACCAGUACACCCUCCAGCUGACCUGCGUCUUCAACAGAACUGCUGGUUCUCCAGAGGAGGGUGGACAGUGUCUUGGUUCCCCAGGCGACCCCAGUCUGUCUCCUCUGGUCUGGAGCGUCACGGGUAAAUACCUGGCUGCUGCCAUGGAGAAACUAGUCAACAUCUGGCAGGUCAACGGUGGUAAGGGUCUGCUGGACGUGCAGCCCCACUGGGUGUCAGCUCUGGCCUGGCCGGAGGGAGAAGCCGUGUCCCUGUGGUGCGGGGAACCCAAAGAUGUGUUGCUGGUGGGACGUAUGGAUGGAUCCCUGGGCCUUAUAGAGGUCCGCGACGCCUGCACCAUGCAUCGCACUGAGCUGGACCACUGCUACAGGAAAGAUGUGUCAGUGAUCCACAUAGCCUGGUACAGUGAGGACAGGCCCUUCGCCGUGGGCUACGCCGACGGGAAGCUGCUGAUUGGAACCAAAGAGCCUCUGGAGAAAGGAGCCGUCGUGGUCAUCGAUGCCCAUAAGGAGUCCAUCACCAGUAUAAAGUGGGAUCCUACUGGUCAGAUGCUGUUGACCUGUGCCAAAGAGGACGUGGUGAAGCUAUGGUCCAGCCCUGGGUCAGGGUCCAGCCCUGGAGCAGGCUGGACAUGUCUGCAGAGUCUCCCCCACCCUGCCCAGGUCAAUGGAGUGGCCUGGUGUGGUCUGACUGGACACGGAGCCAGACCUCUCAACAUGCUGGCCACGUGUUGCCAAAACGGACUGGUGUCAGUCUGGACCGUACCUCAAGACGCCUCUGCCUUCCCAGAAUCCCCCUCUUCUGGCUCCGAGCCCCGGAGGGACAACGAACCCAAAGCCAAACGCAAGCAGCAGCAGAGUUCCAGCAGGCGUGUGGAGGGGGCGGUGUGUGUGUUCCAGCUGAAGGGUCAUAUCACCCCGGUCAGGACAGUAGUCUUCAGCCCUGACGGCCUGGCCCUGGUGUCUGGAGGGGUGGGAGGCCUCAUGAACAUCUGGUCCCUACGGGACGGCUCAGUGCUCCAGACAGUAAUAGCCGGGUCAGGAGCCAUCCAGAACAUAGUCUGGAUCCCAGAUGUGGGCGUGGCCGUCUGCUCCAACAGGUCAAAGGAUGUGUUGGUGGUGAACUGCUCGACAGACUUCAUGUCCUCUCACCAGGUGCUAGCCACCUGCCGGACGGCGCUGAAGAAACAGGGGGUUGUGGGAUUGAACAUGGCUCCGUGUAUGAGAGCCUUCCUGGAGAGGCUUCCUGUUAUGCUGCAGGAGCAGUACUCAUACGAGAAGCCCCAUGUGGUGUGUGGAGAACAGCUAGUCCACAGCCCCUACAUGCAGUGCCUGGCCUCCCUGGCCGUGGGGCUACACCUGGAUCAGCUCCUGUGUUCCCCUCCCGUGCCCCCCCACCUCCGCCUCUGUCCCCUGGAGCCAGCCACCUGUACCUGGUCACCCGGCGAGUGGGCGUGGCUAGACUGCUUCUCCACCACGGUGAAGGCAGCGGAGGCCCUGGCUCGGGGCAACACGUUCCCAGAGGCCUUUGCUGUUCCCGACCUGGAGCCUGUACCCAAGGAGGAGAUGGUCCUUCUCAUGGACAACAGUACAUGGGGUUCUGGUAUGGAUGAACAGAUCAUGUCUUGGGCCACCUCCCGACCUGAGGACUGGCACCUGGGAGGGAAGUGUGACGUGUUUCUGUGGGGAGCUGGUAGACACGGACAGCUGGCAGAGGCUGGCAGAAAUAUCCUGGUACCCACCACCGCACCCUCCUUCUCACAGGCACAACAGGUGGUGUGUGGUCAGAACUGUACGUUUGUGAUUCAGGCUAACGGGACAGUGUUGGCCUGUGGGGAAGGCAGCUACGGUAGACUGGGUCAGGGCAACUCUGAUGAUCUGCAUGUCAUCACCGUCAUCUCAGCCCUGCAAGGCUUUGUGGUGACCCAGCUGGUGACGUCGUGUGGCAGUGACGGUCACUCCAUGGCGCUGACGGAGAGCGGCGAGGUGUUCAGCUGGGGAGAUGGAGACUACGGGAAGCUGGGACACGGGAACAGUGACCGCCAGAGACGACCGCGACAGAUCGAAGCCCUGCAGGGAGAGGAGGUGGUGCAGAUGUCCUGCGGGUUCAAGCACUCAGCGGUGGUGACUGCUGAUGGGAGGCUGUUCUGCUUUGGGAACGGGGACUAUGGCCGGCUUGGCCUGGGAAACACGUCCAACAAGAAACUGCCUGAGAAAGUCACCGCACUGGAGGGAUACCAGGUUGGACAGGUGGCGUGUGGUCUGAAUCACACCGUAGCCGUCUCUGCCGAUGGAAUGAUGGUCUGGGCCUUCGGAGACGGAGACUACGGGAAACUGGGACUGGGGAAUUCUACCGCCAAGUCCUCACCUCAGAAGGUGGACAUUCUCUGUGGACUCGGCGUCAAGAAGGUGUCCUGUGGAACUCAGUUCUCUGUUGCCCUCACUAAAGACGGCAGCGUGUACACGUUCGGACAAGACCGACUGAUAGGGCUGCCAGAGGGCCGGGCCAGGAACCACAACCGUCCCCAGGUGGUACCAGCUCUGUCUGACGUGUUUAUACAGGAUGUGGCGGUGGGGGCCGAACACACUCUGGCCCUGUCCUCUACUGGAGACGUCUAUACCUGGGGCAGCAACUCAGAGGGACAGUUGGGUCUGGGCCACACCAACCAUGUGAGAGAGCCCACCCUGGUGACAUCACUACAGGGGAAGGACAUUAACCAGGUCUCUGCUGGUCGCUGUCACUCUGCUGCCUGGACCGCUCCGUCUGUCCCUCCCCGGGCCCCGGGUUCCUCCGUACCCCUCCAGCUAGGCCUGCCGUCAGCGGUGCCCCCCCAGUUCAGCUCUCUGAGAGAGGUCAGCAUGGAAGCAGUCCGGGCCAGACUACGCGUUCUUUACCACUUCUCUGACCUCAUGUACUCAUCAUGGAGAUUACUCAACCUCAGCCCCAACAACCAGAGCUGUACGUCCCACUACAACACAGGGACGUGGGGCAUCGUCCAGGGCCAGUUGAGGCCCCUGCUGGCCCCCAGAGUCUAUACUCUCCCCAUGGUGAGGUCCAUAGGGAAGACUAUGGUGCAAGGCAAGAACUACGGACCUCAGAUCACUGUCAAAAGGAUCUCCACACGGGGUCGUAAGUGUAAGCCCAUCUUUGUGCAGAUAGCUCGUCAGGUGGUGAAGCUGAAUGCGUCUGACCUGCGGCUGCCGUCCAGGGCCUGGAAGGUCAAGCUGGUGGGGGAGGGGGCCGACGAUGCUGGAGGGGUGUUUGAUGACACCAUCACUGAGAUGUGCCAGGAGUUGGAGACAGGAGUAGUGGAUCUCCUCAUCCCGUCCCCCAACGCCACAGCUGAGGUGGGCUACAACAGAGACAGGUUCCUGCUGAGCCCGUCAGCCUGUCUGGAUGAGCAGCUCCUCCAGUUGAAGUUCCUGGGCAUCCUGAUGGGGGUGGCUAUCCGGACCAAGAAGCCCUUGGACCUGCACCUUGCGCCCCUGGUGUGGAAGCAGCUGUGUUGUAUUCCUCUGGUCCUGGAGGAUCUGGAGGAGGUGGACCUGCUCUACGUUCAGACACUCAACAGCAUUCUUCACAUUGAAGACAGCGGCAUCACAGAGGAUAAUUUCCACGAGAUGAUUCCUCUGGAUUCGUUUGUGGGUCAGAGUGCAGACGGUAAGAUGGUUCCUAUUAUCCCCGGUGGAAACAGCAUCCCGCUGACCUUCUCCAACAGGAAGGAGUAUGUAGCCCGGGCCAUCGAGUACCGCCUGCACGAGAUAGACAGACAGGUGGCGGUGGUGCGUGAGGGCAUGUCCUGGAUCGUCCCCGUCCCUCUCCUCUCCCUCCUCACAGCCAAACAACUGGAACAGAUGGUUUGUGGGAUGCCAGAGAUCAGUGUGGACGUGCUCAAGAAGGUUGUGCGGUACCGUGAGGUAGAAGAGCAUCACACUCAGGUCCAGUGGUUCUGGCAGACCCUAGAGGACUUCUCCAACGAGGAGAGGGUUCUGUUCAUGCGCUUCGUCUCCGGACGGUCCAGGCUGCCCGCCAACACAGCUGACAUCUCCCAGAGGUUCCAGAUUAUGAAGGUGGACAGGCCGUAUGACAGCCUGCCGACCUCCCAGACGUGUUUCUUCCAGCUGCGCCUGCCUCCUUACUCCAGCCAGACGGUGAUGGCAGAGAGACUACGCUACGCCAUCAACAACUGUCGCUCCAUCGACAUGGACAACUACAUGCUGUCACGUAACGUAGACAACGCCGAGGGCUCGGACACAGACUACUGACCAACCGCAGUCUACCCCAGGAGGCACCGUCAAAACAACACACUUUCACAGACCCUCACCACACACACCGACACCGAGACCCAGGAAAGACCUGGCCUGGAUGGAAUAAAGACUGUCCUCUCACAGACCCUCACCACACACACCGACACCGAGACCGAGGAAAGACCGGGCCUGAAUGGAAUAAAGACUGUCCUCUCACAGAGCGUCACACAGCAGAAACCCAGAAGGAAAAGUGCAUCUUCUUGGUCCCGUCGUCAACGUACAGUAAGAACUCACAGAGUAGCAACAACAGAGAGCGUUAAUGUAGCUGUACGGAAGGCCGGGUCACUUUUGAACACCUCAUUAUAUUCCAUGUUAACUCUACUACUCUCGACGCAUAAGACAUAAUGGAUGGAUUUGAUUCAAUGUUUUUAUUUUUCAACCUUGUGGUUUUAUUAGUAAGUUGUUUUUUUUAAGCAAUUUUUAAAAAAAAAAGCAGUUCAUUUGAGUUAUUUUUAAUAUUAUUUUGGUUCUUUUUUUCAUCGCUUCAUUUCUUUCAGGGUUUUUUUAUUUUUAAUGUUUAUUUAGUCUUUGGGAAAAUGUGUAUAAGAGUAUUCAUUCACCCAAAGUGAAGAAGAAAAAAUACAAUAUGUUGUACAUUGUGUAUAAUGUUUCAUUAGGAAAAUGUUUUACAUAAAUAUCCAUAUUUAUUUUUGUUUUAAUUUUUAAAUUGCCGAUGCCGGGGUUUCCUAAAGCAGCAAGAAGAAGAAGAAACUCAAUAAAAUGCUUCAGAACGGA